AUGGAGCCGAUGGAGCCGCGCCCGGGCCCCGCGGGGACUGGAGGGGCUGAAGGGCCGCAGCCUGAGCCCGAGGGCGCGGGGGGACCGCGCUCCGUCCGCCCCUUCCUGACCUGGAGCGCCGAGGAAGUGGCUGAGUGGGUGGCGCAGCUCGGCUUCCCCCAGUACGAGGAAUGCUUCAGGGCCAACGGCAUCAGCGGCCGCCGCCUCAUCCACGCGAACUGCUCCAACCUGCCCGCCAUGGGCGUCACGGACUUCGGCCACAUGCAGGAGAUUUCACGACACGUGCGAGAGCUGCUGGGGAUUGAGGAGCCUCUCUUCAGCAGAUCCAUUGCCCUCCCAUACAGAGACAGUAUGGGUCUCUUCCUAGAGAGAAAGGCACCAACAGGAGAGAAAGCAGAUGCCCUCACUUUCUCACAGUUUAUCCAAAAAGCAGGACUGGAGCCCUAUACUACAGCUCCUACUUUGCAAGGAUCCCAGACCAUGGUGGGUGUGGAUGCUCUCCCUGCACCACUGGACAUGCAGAGGCAGAAUUAGAGACUCGUACUGCACUUUUGCCUUUGUAAGCAGCCCAGCAGCCACAGCAGACUGUACCCUUAUUACCUUGCAGAUUGUUCAAGGAGGUACAGUUCCACCUUUUCACAAUUACAAAAAAUUGUGCACUGCCCUGCCACUGCAGCUCUUAGACAUUUUAUUACACCAAACCCAUUCCCACAUUGUCUCUUUUCCGCAAUACUUCAUUUGCUUGCAGGAACUAAGUGAAGUGGAGGAUGUAGAUCAGACUGUACCAUUGUCUGUCUUCCACUUCUGCUUCACAGUUGAUUUAAAAAUACCAAAAAAACAAUCAUAGACAGAUUUUGGGCACAAGUGAUUGAUAAGAACUUCCCAGAUGCUCAAGUGAAUAGAUUUCUCCCAGGCUUCAGUGUCUGCAGACUGGGCUUGCUCUGAAGCCCAGAUGUAAGGUAAAUGGCAUAUACAAUAACUGGUGUACAGGUGUGGCGACAGCUGCUCUCAGCAAUCCUAAUUAAGCAAGGGGUCUGGGUGCAACAUGCAUAACUAAUCCUUGGCCACAGAAAUUAUUUCCUGUGAGGCAAAACCAGGCAGGCAGUGUUUAUCAUGGUAAACAGUACUGUAACACUUGAUAGAUGGUGGCAGAAAGUACAAAAGAAUACUGAACUACAGAAUUUAGGGAAUAAAAAUUGCUUUGUCCUGGGGGGAUUUGGACAGAGUAUCCAGUUACCUGCUUUUUCCUUGAAGGACAUAACAUCUAGUCUGUGGUGGUGAGGGUGGGGUGCAUUAUCACGAGCAAGGAAGCAGAAGUGCUGAUGAAGGCCUGGCUCAACAGAAAGAGCACUCCUGACUAAAUCAUUGGUAUGCUGUCAGGAUUCAAUAGCUUUCUCAAGAUCCCUCAUGAGGAAUAAAAAAAUAAUUAAAAAAAAAAAAGACUGGGCCUGAUCCUGUUUAGUUUUUUACACCAAAGCUGCAGCCAUUACGAAAUAACUGUAAUUUGGUUUUGUAAUUCAGUUCUGUAUUGAAGCUGCAAUAGAAACGCAGUGAAACUUGAAACUGAAGCAGUUCAUAGGCCAAGAAGACUAUGUAAUAAGGAAAUUCAGACAAAAGGAAAAAAAAUGGAAAAAAAAUUUAAAAAAGCAAAAGCUCAGGCAACCAGGGAUAAGCAAGUUUGCUGAGCAGUGUAGAGACUGAAACUCAUACAAGAGAAUGUGUGCAUA